AGAAUCUUUGAUGUGAAGCCUAAUGCAUUGUUUAUAUUGCGAAAUCGUAGUAACAAAUCAGACAGUAAUCUCAUCAUGACAAGUACUGAAACUUCCACAGUUCCAGGUCCUAAUGCUUUAACUGAAAAAUCCUUUAAGAAUUUAUUUCCAGUUAAGAGGAAAAGGGAGAAAAAAUUUUCUUGUGAUGUUUGCAAGAAACUCUUUUAUGAUCAGAAUAAACUAUCAAUCCACUUGCGUACACAUGAUGCUAAUCGUCCUCUUUACAACUGUGGCAUUUGUGGGAAAGAUUUAAAAACCGUAUAUGGUAUGAAGAUCCAUGAAGAGUCUCAUCGUACAACUGUAAAGCCUUUCAAAUGUGAUCAUUGUGGAUUAAGAUUAUCAACUCAAAAAACUUUCAAGUAUCACAAGUUAAUAAUGCAUUCGACAAAAAUACUUAAAAGGUCUUUUAUGUGUGAAGUUUGUGGAAAAAUGUUUACGACAAAAAGCAACUUAAAGAAACACCAGGUAACACAUCAAGAAAAGAAACAUCAAUGUGAACACUGUGGUAAAGGUUUUACAAAAAAUUAUGCACUUGAAACUCACUUAAAAACUGUGCACUCAGAAGAAAGGCCUUAUCCAUGUGACAUGUGUGAAAAGAAGUUCAAAAGAACAUUAAAUUUAAGAAUUCAUUUAAGGGUUCAUACUGGUGAAAGGCCAUAUGGGUGUGAAAUGUGUGAAAAACAAUUUAGAACUGCCUUUGCAUACAAAAAACAUAGGCGAGGAAUUCAUAAAAUAAAGUGAAAAUAUAUUACAAGGUUAGGGUUAGUUUUUAAACUAACCCCAAUCAUGUUUGGUAAAAAUGAAAUGGUUUUAAAAUUUUUAUUUUUACUUCUGUAAUUUCUCUUAAUAUUUUGAAUGAUCUGAUUGAUAUAUUUAUACAAUAAUGUGAUAAAUAUGUACGUUUUAU